AUGCUACGAACGUAUUGUCAUGAUAAACAUACCAACUGGGUGAAGUGGAUCCCAAACAUUGAAUAUUGGAUUAACCAUUCACACCACCAAUCAACGGGGUAUACACCAUACCAAAUAAUGUACGGACAAGAACCAGAUGUCCGCAUCACAUCCAAAAUACAAUUCCCAGACUAUGACGAUGUCAUCAACAACGAACCAGUUGUAGAAAUUGUACGAAAAAAGUUGAGAUCUAAAGCAGAGUCAAGAAAUAAGACUAAAGACCAACUAAAGAAAUUCAGACAAUAUCAAGUUGGACAACAAGUUCUGAUGAAAGAACACAAGUUAUCAUCAGCCGAGAACAACGAAAUACACAAGUUUUUCCUGUUAUACAAAGGGCCAUACACCAUCACAGAAAUCUAUGGAAAUAACACGGUGAUGUUGGAAGACCAGUAUGAACGAGCCAUCAGAUGCAAUAUGAGCAAUAUCAAACCAUAUCACACCAUGGUUUCCCCGGAGGACCCCUCUUUAUGCUUUCCUCCUGAUCCUGGAAUUACCAGUGAUCAAUCCUUUUCUCAUCCAAAUUAA